GUUCACAAGUCUCAGAGGUGGAAUAUGAAACAUGAAUCAACAUACUACAACUCAGACACAAUGAAAAGAACAAUCAAAUCACUUAAGGAGUGGUGUACAAAAAAGAAAGAGAAUUAUUGUUGUAUCAACCCACCUUUAUUUGAGAUUGAACUAGAUCAUGUCAUUCUGGAUGAACUGCAUAUGAUGUUAAGGAUAACAGACAGGCUGACAGAAAAUUUGAUUAUUGAAGUAAUGGAAAAAGACAGCAAAGAAGAUAUGCACAAACCAAGAGGAGAAUGUAAAGGCAUAGGCCUUGAUAAGCUAAUUAAAGCAAUUAAUGACAUUGGCAUAACAUUUAAUGUGUGGGAAAAACUGAAUGCAGAUGGAAAAUCAAGUAAGCAGAAAGACUGGACAAGUUUAGUUGGCUCUGACAAAAAAAAGCUGAUGAAAUUUCUUCCUGAAAAGCUGAAAUCCAUGAAUAUACUCUUUGAUGAAACCAAGUCUGAGGUCAUAAAGCUUUGGGAAGACUUCCAUUCAUUAUACCUGCUGAUAUGCUGUGCAAAUGCUGAUGAAACUACACCAGAUUCUAUUCACCAAAAGGCCAAAGCAUGGAUAGAAUUAUUUUCCAAGCUUGGUGCGAAACGUGUUGGUUAUGGUAAUGACAGGGUGACCCCAUACACGCAUGCAGUUCCAUACCACAUACCCCAGUUUAUCUUAAGUCAUGGGCCAAUCAUACAGUUUUCAGGGCAAGGUGUGGAAAAAAACAACGAUGAUGCUAAGCGCAUAUACUACCAAAAGUCCAAUAAAUGGGAUGCAGCUAAGGACAUUCUGCUUUUGGAGUCUAGGCAAAAAUCUCUAGAGCACCACGAAAGAGAGAAGAGAAAAUAUGUGAAGCGAAAUGAGGAAUGGUGGAAUAGCAAAAUUUUAGACUCAAGGAAAAGAAGAAGGAACACAGAAUCAAAUUAUACUGCAACUACGAGUAACACUCUGGAUGAAUAAACAAACAAAUUGUGCUGAUCACAAGCUUUCCUAUUUAAAGUUAUAACUAUUUUUUCUACAGGAGAUGUUGGGCUCUUUUCUAAUUUCCCACAUGACACUAUGUAGUAAGCUUUUGUGUAUGAAA